CAAACACACAGAUAAGAACAACAGCAGGAAUUGUGUUACUCUUGUAAUACAAGGUCACCCCCCGCGUCCGGAUUUUUUUUAUCGUUCUUACAGUCCAAAAUGGUCAAGGUUUUUAUUGUUCUUCUAAGUUUUAUUAAUGGAGCUUUGUCCGUGGGACCAAGAUGUCUAGGUUGUACUGGAGUACCACUGUUGACAGAUUGUAACAACAUCAUAGAGUGUGGAAAUGGCGAGGCGUGUUAUACACAAAAGAUCACCACUGACGCAGCGACUAUAGUAUACGAUGCAGGCUGUCUUAGCUUACAGGUUUGUAACGUCAUUAGUACCAUCGGAAAGAAUACCGGGUUAGGAAAACGAGACGUUACCAACUGUUAUGAAUGCUGUCCGGAAACCAAUCAUACCCUGACCACUCCGCCAUGUAAUGCAAAGCUGUGUGGAAUCCAUGAGCGCUCGGAACCAAAGUGCUACAUGUGUGAUGACGUCAUGAAGCCGGAGAAUUGUAGGACCACUGGGUAUUGUGAUUUAGAUGAGCAAUGUUUCACAGAAAAAUUAACCAAUCACGCUACAGGAGAGAUUCGAUAUAAGCUUGGAUGUCAACGGAAGGCGGUUUGUGCUAGUCUCGCAUUGUAUCCCACGCUUCCCAACUCCGGAAGUUGUAACGAAUGUUGUGAUGAAAACUACUGUAACAUUGGACUGUGUAAACAAUCAAUCUUAGGAAAACCUAAUUUUACCUCAACCCCUGGGAAUUUCACAGUGGAUUCACAGACUAGUGUCACGCUGACCUGUUCUGUGGACCCUAAAUCUCAGGCAACUAUCAAAUGGUCGUUUGAAUCGCUUUUAGGUCCACAGCUUGGCGUGAGUCCAAAUGGCAUAACGUUGGGCAACCAAACUUCUUUGACUUUGACGGCGGACGUAACGUCGUUUGGAGCCUACACUUGUACAGCAACUAAUACCAAUGGUUUUGUGACGGCAAAAGGAUACCUAUCACCCAAAAUUCCUAUUACAACCCCAACAACAACUACAAUAACCACGCUCACAACAACAACGACCACUCCCACUACAACAACGACCACGCCCACAACAACAACCACGCCCACUACAACAACGACUUCGCCCACUACAACAACGACCACGCCCACUACAACGACUUCGCCCACUACAACAACGACCACGCCCACUACACUUUCCACUUCAGAUCCGUGUCCCAAUGGAUGUUGUGACACUGACCCAAAAUGUCAUGAUUUUACGUUUAUUUCAACGGCAUGCCUCCAUCAUGGGACAGCAUUGCAAUGUCCAUUUAUAUGUGGCCUCUGUUCCCAGAGCACAACCCCUCCUCCAUGUAAACCGGACACUGAUCCCAGAUGUCAUGAAUUUAAUUAUGUAAUGUCUGCUUGCUUAGAUAACGAAAAAGCGAAAACUUGUCCUAAGACGUGUGGUCUUUGUUGAUAGAUUAAGAAUAAAUGUAACAAAACUAGU